AUGCCACCACAUGCGGCAACAGCGUCGGCAACACUGGAAGCUGCUGCAAGUGACAAUUUGGCUGAGUUGCAGCCAGCAACAGUGGCAAGUGACGACACAAAGAGCACCGACAAUAGUCACAGCAAUCUCAGCCAGAGUCUCAGUCUCAGCCAUAAGGCCACUGAUCCGAGCCUUAAGAAUGAUCAAUCAUUGUAUCUGACUCUGGCUAAUACCAAUGCCAAUUCCAAUUCCAAUGCUGCUGCCGUUGGUGCAACAAAGUCCAAAUUGGUUGACGGUGCUCUGACAAAAUCUCAAUUUCCUGUGUUUACGAUUUAUGCCCAAAAGUCCUGCUUAGGUGUUCGACCCUGCGCCCGAGCUUGGUGCAUUGAUCGGGUCCAGAACUAUAAACUUGAUGGACAUGCGAAACGAGUGCAUUCAGUGAAUUCUCGACGAGAUUGCCUCGAAUUGUGUCUGGGAGAAACUGAAUUUACUUGCAGAUCUGCCAACUAUUAUCGUGCAACAAAUACGUGUGAACUGGCCGAAAUGGAUCGCUUUACCUUGGCGGGUUCAAACUCCUUCCAGGCACAUGAAGGUGCCGAUUAUCUAGAAAACAAUUGCGCCGAGGAACCAAACAAAUUGUGCGAAUUUAAACGUAUGUCGGGAAGAAUUCUAAAAACAGUAGACUCGGUAUACCAGGACAUAGGUAGCAUUGAUGAGUGUCGCGAUUUGUGUCUCAACUCACCCUACAGAUGUCAUUCUUAUGAUUAUGGGGACACUGGAGACAUGGUUUGUCGACUCUCGCAUCACAGUCGGGCGACACUUUCGGAUGUGCAGGAUCCGUAUUUGGAGGUGCCAGAGGCGGCAACCUACGAGCUCUCCUCCUGCUACAAUGUGACCAUUGAGUGUGGAGCUGGGGACAUGGUUGCUCGCAUCCGCACCUCCAAGUUGUUUGAUGGCAAGGUCUAUGCCAAGGGAGCACCCAAAUCCUGUGCGGUGGACGUGAACAGUGCAUUGGACUUUGAGCUGCGCAUGGGUUACCAGAAUCUGGAGUGCAAUGUGCGACAAAGCGGAUCGGGUCGCUAUAUGAAUGAUGUUGUCAUACAGCAUCAUGAUACGAUCGUGACAUCCUCGGACUUGGGACUGGCGGUGACUUGUCAAUACGAUCUGACCAACAAGACGGUGACUAAUGAUGUGGACUUGGGUGUCAUGGGAGAUGUGGAGCCGGCAUUGUCGGAGGAGGUUAUUGUGGAUUCACCCAAUGUCCUCAUGAAGAUCACCUCCAGAGAUGGCUCCGAUAUGAUGCGUUCUGCCGAGGUUGGCGAUCCUCUUGCUCUCAGUUUCGAGAUAUUGGAUCAACAGAGUCCCUACGAGAUAUUUGUGAGGGAACUGGUGGCCAUGGAUGGUGCAGACAAUGCUGAGAUUACACUGAUCGACUCCCAGGGCUGUCCCACGGAUCACUUCAUUAUGGGUCCCAUCUACAAGAGUUCGUUGUCCGGCAAAAUUCUCUUUGCCCACUUUGAUGCCUUCAAGUUCCCCUCCAGCGAGGUCGUCCAGUUUCGAGCUCUGGUCACACCUUGUAUGCCCAGCUGUGAACCCGUCAAUUGCCAACAGGACGAACUCAGUGGGGACUACAAAUCUCUGCUCUCUUAUGGACGCCGCAGGAGACGAGAUCUUACAACCAAGGUCAUAGGUCAGCGAACAAUUCGUGAGACAAGAAAUAAACCUAGUCAGGAGGACAUGCUUUUGGUGCAAUCCAUUCAAAUAACCGACAAAUUUGGAUUCGUCAAGAAGGAGCAACUGCAGCAGGAAACGAGCCAAGUUAAGAACCCCGCUGAAAGUUAUGACAAAGUCUUUGUGGUCAACGAGGGAGGAGUACCUGGACUCUGUGUUAAUGGCAUCGGUUUUAUUGUCGCUGUCGGAGUCUUUUUAUUGGCCCAGUCGUCGGUUAUUGCCAUUUGGUCAUUUUUAUACCGACGACGACAGAAGCAUCAGCCCUAUAUUAAUCACUUUCUGAGUGCCACAACCAAGUAUCGAAAUGGUUGCAACAACAGCAGCAGCAACAGCAACAGCAAUAACAGUGGCAACUCCACAAUGGUUAAUAACAUGCCAAAUGCCCAGGUGGAUUCCCUUUGUAAAUUCUAUGGGAAUAGCGAUCAUCAUGGCAGCCAAUUUUAGUAAUUAGAUCCCUUAAUCAGAUCAGAUAGAUCAUAAAAAACCAUCUCAAAGGAUUUCCAUUUUACCGCCAAGCCAUUUUUUAUAGCGCAAAGAAAAAGCUUCAAUCAUUUGAAAAAAAAAAAAGCAAAUCAAUCAUUUUCAUCUGGGAAAUCUAUUUUAUAAUAAUAAUAAUUUGGAAAAUAGGACGACUGUUCUCUCUCUCUCUCUUAAGCACUUGUCCUCUUUUCUGAUUCUUAUUGCGGUAAUUUAUGUUAUUUGUGAACUAUUUUAAUAA